GGCUGAAUUCUCUUUUGUCUAUGGGCAGUUUCAGGGGCGCAGAGAUGAACCCCGGCCAUGUGGUCCCGGAGCGCAGCUUUCGCGCGCCGGCGAAGCCGGCGCCGCCGCGGAAGCCGGCAGCGGUGGCGGUUGCUGGUGCCGCUUGGGGCGGCGCCUGUCGCUGCCAUGGCGAGGCGCUGCUACUGGCGCUGGCGCUGCCUCGAGGCGCGCGAGCCGCGCGGGCGGCACGCGGCACACGCAGCUCGCGAAGACGAGGUGCGCCGCCCAAAGGCGAAGAUCGAGGCAUGCCGGUGCCGCCCUCUGCAAAUGGAGGCCUUGCUAUGUCCCUGGACGGAGACCGCGCGAGGGCAGGAGCAGUGGCCCUGUCGCUGCUUGAGCCGUCGGGCGGCCGGAAACGGGAGGAGCAGCAGAUGAAGAAGUUCCGGGAGUGGCUGAAAGAAGGUGGCGUGGAUCUACAGGGCGUGCGCUUCCGACAGUCCGCUGGAGGCUGGGGCCUCUUUGCGGGCCGUGCCUUCCGCGAGGGCGAGGUGGUUUUCGAGGUGCCCCGAGACCUUUGCAUCGAGGUGCCAGCCGCAAACUUCGAGCUGGGGGAGGACGACCUGGUCUUCGCCCGGGCGGCGCGGGAGGAGGACGCGGACGCCCGGCUGUCACCGGAGCAGAAGGAGGCGGUGCUGUCACUGUCUCGGCAGCUGCUGGAGCGGCGGAAGAACAACGAGCCCUACAUGGCAGUGCUGCCAGACCCUCCGGCGCUGCACCCGCUGCAGCUGCGGUGGGCGCCCAAACUGGCGGCGGGCUCUCGCCUGCUGCAGCGCAUGCAUGCGACCAUCCAGGAGCGCGACGAGGCCUGCAUGGAGGAGCUCUUGCCCGUGGAGCGGGUCUGGAAGAGCCGCGCCUGGGCGUUGGGCGCCGUGUGGACCCGCGCCGUGCGGCUCCCCAGCCGCCUGGCCCUGGUGCCCUUGAUGGAUUUCGUGAACCACUGGACCCCCUCCGACCGCACCACCGAGACGUGGUCCUGCUCGUACGAUGUGGCGAAGGACUCGGUGGUGGUACUGGCUGAGCGGCGGAUCUCCAAAGGCGAGGAGCUCACCUUCCUCUAUGGCCACUUCUCAGAUGCCCAGCUGCUGUGCAACUACGGCAUCCCCGUGGGCAGCCCCGGUAGGAACGCCUUCGAUGAGGCGGCCGUGAGUAUUGGGCCCUACGUCCUCAUGUCGUCUCCGGACUCAACGGAAUCGAACCCGGCGGUGCCGGCGCUGGUGUCCGCACGGGCGGCGUGCCUGGCGCGGCACGGCUGGGCCUUGGAGAUUCAGAGGCCCCUGCUCUUCCCGGUGCCGCGGGAGCUGCGGCCCUCUGGAGGUCUCCUGGCGUUGGCGCGGCUGCUGUCCCUCGAGUCUGCGGAGGAGGUGGAAGAGUGGGAGCACAGGAUCUUUUGGAUGGACACCCCAGGCGCCGCGGCGCCCACUUUGCCGCCCCUCACGGAGGAGCGCGCCUGGCGCCGCGUGGCGGCGUGGCUGGAGGAGGCCUUUGCCAGCACCACCCACAGCGCCAGCGACUUCACAGACGAGAUGCGCAGCUGGCCGGAGGAGGUGGAGCGGCAGCUGGCGGAGUCGGUGACCGCGGUGCUGGUCGGCGAGGCCGCGGUGCUGGCGCGCGCCAAGGAAGCGGCGGAGGCACGGGUGAUGCGCGCGUCUCGCCAGCAGGGCAAGGUGCCAAGCGCCUCGGCGUGGCAACGGCGCCAGGCGCGCCGGGGCCGUGCGUGGCAGGCGGACUGGACCGCCGGGCUCGGGCCGCGGGUGAGGCGGGUCGAGCCGUGGGAAGCCGACGAAGCGCGCGAGAAGAGGGGCGAAAGAGGUGACAGCGUCCAGGCCGAAGUCGGAGGCGUGCGCAUGGCUUGCUGGUGCUGUGCUCCAGAACAAGCCCAGGCCGAAAAGCUUCCAGCGGCUCCGAAGCCAGGUCGCUCCAAGGAGCCGGUGACGCCGGCCGGGGGCCUUGCUCGCGCAAAGCGCCGUGAGAAGCCUCGGGGGAUGGUGGUGCUAGCGCUUGGGGAGGAGGCUGCACCGAAAGCGCCGCGCAAGGCCCGCCCCAGCUCCCGGGGCUCCAGGACCAGUGAGGCCCGGAGGCAGAGUGGCACCCGCAAAGCCGGUGAGGAGACCCGGCCUGGCACGCCCAAGAGAACGCCCCGGCACAGCACGGCCGGCACGCCGAGGAAAGAGAAGGAGAACAAGGAGAACAAGGAGAACAAGGAGGAUAAAGAGAAGGAGAGGCGCGAGAAGAAGGAUGCAGAGAAGUCCGAGAAGGAAAGGAAGGACAGAUCCAAGUCCAGAAAGAAGAAGGAGGAGGACAAGGACGCCACGCGAGGCCCCCUGCUGCUCAGGGGAGAUGGAAGCGACAGCGCCCAGGACGUGCGCGGCGCCCUCUUCGAGCUCUCGGCCGCCUUCCAGCGCGGGGACAAGGCGGCGGCGGCCCAGGCGAUCAGCCAGCUGCUUGCUAACCCCAAAGGCCUCCAGAGCCUCACGUCGCUGCCGGGCUUCGAUGAAGCUUCGGCCAAGUAUCUGCAGACCGCCCUCAGCGCGAUGGUGCCGGGCGGCGAUGCGGAGAUGGACCUGGAGAUGUCGGAGGGCUUCGCGGAGCGCAUCGCCUUCCCCGAGGAGUCAGUGCGGCAGAAGGUGGCCAAGGACUGGAGGCAGAUCAAAGAAAGGUCCGCAAACUUGCAGAGGAGUGCGAGUUCCUCGGAGACGGACCCACAGAAGAAGCAGAAUGGCUUCUGGAAGAACCCGAAAGGUAAAAAACCUUCGGAGGAGAAGGACACUCCCAAAUCCGGAACCGCGGAGACAAAGGAGACUGGCAAGGACUUCAACCAGUUGGUGCUCAUGAACGCCGGGAUCAUCGGUGCCAACAUGUCCUUCGUGGGGCCGCUGCUGCGGAGCUUCGACCGCCUGCUGGCAGCGGCGGUGAACCAAAAUCGCGGCGACUUGGAGCUGGCCUGCGACCUCUGCGCGCUUCGGAUCUUCCGGGAAGCCCAGGGGGAGCGGGCGCUGAAGGAGUUCAAGACCUCGAUGCUGGCCUCGGCCCGGGCGCUGCUGCCGGACUGUUGGGGUCCCAGCCACGAGAACGCCUGGAUCGCUGUCUGGGACUGCGUGUGCGAGCAGCUGGAGAAGGCCCUGCCGCUGCCCGCGAAAUAUGCACUGCCGGCCCAGCGCUUCCUGGCAGGCCUCUCCAAGGAGCAACGCCAAGCAGUCGGCAUCCGGAGCUUCGACAGGCUCUUCAAGGAUCAUCCGCAGGUGUCCCAACAUUUCAAGCAGUCGAACAUGCGCCUGGCCUUCAUUGUUGGCAAGGCACUCGACUUCGCAGUGCAGCUCUUCGACGCGCCGGCGAAGGUGGAGGAUGAGAUGACGGCGCUGGGGCUGAAGCACAUCAUGUUCCAGGCGAACGCGCAGCACUGUGGUCCCUGGGUCUCCUCCGUGGCAGCGGAAAUCCAACGCAUCUCCUCCCAAGAGGAGGCGGAGGCCUGCAACUACGCCCUCUGCGUCAUCGGCGGGGUGCUGGGCUAUGCGCUGGAGACCGGCACCACCCCCGUGCUCCAGGCGGUGGUGAAGGAUGAUGCAAAGGCGUUGCGCAAGGCGCUUCAGGCGACGCCCAGGGCUCAGCGCUUCGAGGCGGUGCUAGGCCAAGCGGCCUAG